GGUCAACGCACAUAUUCACUGUCAACGUCAACCUCAUUCUUGCUCUCCAACAGCAUCUUACCGCCGUCGCGCCCACCUCGCGAUCUUUUUUGGCCACCUGCAAUAUCUCCAAAGCUCAAACUUCGGUCAAUUCGCACAUCCUGCCUUCACAACGAAGCCCCAACCCAACGCUCCUCUGGUGCAUCCUGACACAGUCAACGACUCAGCACCCAGACGCUGCGACACAUCCGUCACCAUGGAGUUCAUCGGCUUGCAGAUGCUGGUGACGCUGAGGCAGCCUCACGGCACGAUGCUGAAGGGCACUGUUAGCGCUAUAGAGCCCGGCAUCAGCCUGACACUGAGUAACGUCUUCACUCACGGAACGAACCACUGGCUCCCGAGGGUCGUCAUCGAUGCCGCCAACGUCCUUGAGCUUUCCGAAUUCAAGGAAGAUGCCGCGCCCAAUACCUUCACAGCGCCGGGCGUCAGUCCUGUUCCUGCUCCCGUUGUCAAUCAACCUGCGCAACCCGCCUUUGCGGACCCCGCCAUCCUCAGCAUGGGGAAAAGGCCCGACUCUGGUAUCGUGAGUGGGAGUGAAAGCCAGAUACUCCCUGAAGCUGUACCUCAACAGACUGCAGACGCAACAAGGGACUUUCGGCCGGGGCAACCAGGUGUUCUGUCUGGCGUCCACCUAACUGGAGGUCUGAGGGACGACAUUGUCAGCCUGAGUGAGACCUUGCAGGAGCUGGAGGUGGAUGAUUCGACGCCUAACGCAAAACGAUUCGCUGCGGAAAACAGCGCAGUAUCGCAGGAUGUGGGCGAAGCACAGGGCCAACCCCAAAAGAAGAACAGUAGGCGGCGAGCGAAGCAAAAGGCUCGAAACGGGACAACGGAGGAAACGAUACCGGAAGUCACCCCGAUCCGCGGCAAUGCGACUAACCGUGGGAAGGGCUGGAGGCAAACUCCGAUGCUUCAAAGCUCGCCUUCCUUCCAACCCUUCAACUCACUGAAACGGGGCCUCAAGGGCAAGAAAGACUUGCCCGAAAACGGAUGGGCCUCGGAGGAUGUUACUGAGGAUAUGGUCGAGUUCGACUUUGAGAAUAACUUGGCAAAGUUUGAUAAGCGCACCAUAUUCGACCAAAUGCGAAAGGAAGACUUGGUUGACGAGGCAGACCGGCUGGUUUCGCACAACCGCCUGCCCAAGCCAGGAACAGCUGGAGGGAAGAACUUCCACUAUUCUGAGAACGUGCUCGACUUGCCAGCCGCAUCGGCAAAGACGAGCCAGGAUUUCUGGAACAGUGAGGCUGAUGAUGCCGCUAAUGGAGUUGAUCGACUAAGCGGUCGUGAUGUCCGGAGUGCUCAGAGUGGCCGCAGGGCGGACAGCAAACCAGGGGCUGCGAGGAGGUCGCAAUCGCGGAAAGCGAGCGCGCAACUUAACAGCCAGCCCCUCAAUCGCGUCAACUCCAACCACGUUUCACAGUCCGGCUUUUAUCUCGAACCUUCAAAUCGACGACUGGAGACCGUCUCGGCUCUUCAAAUGUUGAACCUUGAAAACAUCGCAGCCAACGAGAUUGGGCUCACGGAAGACAUGAUGGCAGAGAACGCAGGCCGAGGAAUCGCUGAGGUGACAUUGCGAGCUCUGGAGGACCCGGCGAUCCAAGUCCGCUUCGGAACCGGUGGCGCAAAUGCUCAGAGCAACAUUCUAUCGGCUUCUGCGACCGUCGUCAUUCUUGCCGGCAACAACAAAUCCGGAAUAAGAGCCAUUGCGGCUGCUCGGCACCUACGCAAUAAGGGUCUCAACAUGCUGGUUUGUGUCGUUGGCAUCGAGCGUGAGCGAGAUCUGCUCGAAGACAUGCGACAGCAGGUGAGAAUAUACAGAAACUUCGGAGGUCGCGUACACAACAAGAUCGAGUUAUUCGAACAGCUUCGCAAGACAGCUUCAACCCCAGCAACAUCGGUAACACUCAUCAUCGAUGCUCUUCUAGGCUUGGCGAUCUCAUUUGAGGAGCUGCGAACAGGCGACCAAGCCACUGUGUACGAGUUGAUAGAAUGGGCCAACCGAAACGAGGCCUUUGUUCUUGCGGUGGAUGUACCAACUGGCAUCGACCCGUCUACCGGAAAGGUCAGCAUCAUUGACGGUGGGCGCUUGUAUGUCAAGCCUCGGUACGUGGUGGCGAUGGGCGCGCCGAAGAAGGGACUGCUCGAGGCGAUGGCACCCGUUUCGGACACCGACCCUUCGAAUGUCCACGGUGCCAGAGCUGCUGACGGGCAUGCUGCUGUAGCUGAAGAUGAAGACUGGAAGCUAUUCAUUGCCGACAUGGGUCUUGGCGCGACAGUCUGGAAGAAGGCCGGUACCAAGAUUCGGAGAGGCAUUGACUUUGACGACAAAUGGGUUCUUCAAAUGCGGUACCAGCCAGCACUUUCUCAAGAGCAGUGAUUCCUGUCCUGGCGAGGGAAAGGAUGAUUCACAACGGAGUUAUUUAUGGGAAAAGGAUCAUAAAAAGCGAGUCUUUUCAAUGCAUUGUCUAGGCAUUUUCUUUAUCGCACGACGGUGGAGGGACAGCAUACGGGAAGAGGAGUUUGCGUACAGCCUUCCUUCUAUUAUAUCCGCAUCGGGGAAUGGUGGACAUGAUCUUGUACGAUAUUACAAUAGCAGCAGCUAUUACCGAGCAUGACCUGGUUUUCUUUUAUUCGCUGCAUGCCACCAUUUGCGCUCAGUAUUAUCUUGUAAGCCCAAAACUCAACUUAUACUUAGUGUGAGGUAGAC